GUCAACGAACAUACAUAACCUGUAUAAAUUAUAGGAUAAUAAUGUUUUUAUAUGGAAGAAUAUUUUUGAAAGAUUCAAACGUUUAUGAAAAUUAGUUAUUUCAUGACUUGAAUUACUUGUGGAGUUAUCAAAAAAUUUUAAUUGGUUUCUGAAACAUGUCUGAACAAAGUAAACCAGGGGCACAGCCCUUGGUGAAAAUCGGACACUACAUUUUAGGAAAAACUUUGGGUGUAGGUACUUUUGGAAAAGUUAAAAUGGGAGAACAUCAGCUUACAAAACAUAAAGUAGCUGUCAAAAUUUUGAACAGACAAAAAAUUAAAAGUUUAGAUGUGGUAGGAAAAAUUCGAAGAGAGAUUCAGAACCUGAAACUUUUUAGACACCCUCAUAUUAUUAAACUUUACCAAGUUAUAAGUACUCCCACUGAUAUAUUCAUGAUAAUGGAAUAUGUAUCUGGUGGAGAACUCUUUGAUUACAUCGUUAAACAUGGAAAGCUACAUGAGCAUGAGGCAAGAAGAUUUUUUCAGCAGAUUAUAUCAGGUGUUGAUUAUUGUCAUAGACAUAUGAUUGUCCAUCGAGACUUGAAACCAGAGAAUUUAUUGCUCGAUCACAAUAUGCAUGUAAAAAUUGCUGAUUUUGGAUUGUCCAACAUGAUGAUGGAUGGUGAAUUUCUGAGAACCAGCUGUGGAUCACCAAACUAUGCUGCUCCAGAGGUUAUAUCCGGAAAGUUAUAUGCAGGACCUGAAGUAGAUAUAUGGUCAUGUGGGGUAAUCCUUUAUGCUCUGCUUUGUGGUACUUUGCCAUUUGAUGAUGAGCAUGUCCCCACUCUCUUUCGAAAAAUCAAAGCAGGAAUAUUUCCUAUCCCAGAGUAUUUGAAUAAGCAGGUAGUCAACCUGCUUUGUCAAAUGUUACAGAUAGAUCCAAUGAAAAGAGCUAGUAUAGAUGAUAUAAAAAAGCAUGACUGGUUCCAAAAGGAAUGCCCAGCCUAUUUAUUCCCUUCCCCUGUAGAACAGGACUCGUCGGUCAUUGAUACUGAUGCCAUAAAAGAAGUAUGUGAUAAAUUUGGAGUUCAAGAGACAGAGGUUCACAGUGCCCUUCUGAGUGGGGAUCCCCAUGAUCAAUUAGCCAUAGCCUACCACUUAAUAAUUGACAAUAAGCGAAUCGCUGAUGAAGCUGCUAAAGCUGAAAUGAAAGAUUUUUAUGUUGCUGGUAGUCCACCACCAGUUAACUUAAUGGGUAGUGGCACAUCCGAGUAUAGCAGUCCAAUGAAACCCCACCCUGAAAGAAUUAUUCCACAGAAGCCACCUGUGAGUAGCACUGAAAAAAGAGCUAAAAGAGCCAAGUGGCAUUUAGGUAUUCGCUCCCAAAGUAAACCUAAUGACAUCAUGAUGGAAGUGUAUAGAGCUAUGAAGGCAUUGGAUUACGAAUGGAAAGUUAUAAAUCCGUAUCAUGUAAGAGUUAGACACAAGAACAAAAUGCUCAAUAGGCAUAUCAUGAUGUCUCUGCAGCUGUACCAAGUAAGUAAGAUAAGUUGGCCAUGAGCACUAUUUAUUAUU